AUGUAUAUAUAAUGUCAUAUAGAAUUCCAAUUGUUUAAGAUUAUGUUAAAGUAUGUAUUUCGUUUUUAAAAAAUCGACACGAAAAACAACUGCGAAUAAUGCAUGCAUUGCCCGUUCUUAUGCACAAAAUAAAUAUGACGAAGGAUUAUGAUUAUUUGUUGAAAGUGUUAUUGGUGGGUGAUAGUGAUGUUGGGAAACAUGAAAUAUUGUCUGGACUCGAGGACGCAUCUUCUGAAAGCCCAUUCUGUAGUGGAAAUGCUUACAAAACAACCACCAUAUUAUUGGAAGGCAAAAGAGUGAAAUUGCAAUUAUGGGACACAUCUGGACAAGGACGAUUUUGCACCAUUAUACGCUCCUAUUCGAGAGGAGCGCAAGGCAUCAUUUUAGUUUACGAUAUAACUAACAAAUGGAGCUUUGAUGGUAUUGAUAGAUGGCUUAAAGAGGUGGAAGAGCACGCUCCUGGCAUACCGAAAGUACUUGUAGGUAAUAGACUUCAUUUGGCAUUUAAAAGACAAGUAGCAGCUAAGCAAGCCGAAUUAUAUGCAUCUCGUAACAACAUGUCCUGCUUCGAAAUAUCUCCUCUUUGUGAUUUUAAUAUAAGAGAAUCGUUUUGUGAAUUGGCUCGAAUGGCUUUACAUAGAAACGGUAUGGAAAGGAUAUGGCGAAACAAUAAGGUUCUAUCUCUACAAGAGCUAUGCUGUCGGACAAUCGUUAGGCGUACUAGCGUGUAUGCAAUCGAUUCACUUCCACUGCCGCCGUCUGUCAAAUCAAAUUUAAAAUCUUAUGCUUUGACUACGUCGCAAUGCUAUAAUUCUUUAAAUCAUAAUACGAAGCAUAAAAAUCGAUCAAAGACGCCAACAAGCAGCGGCCGCAAUAGCUGCAAUAUUGCGUGAUUAUAUGCUCCAAUAAAGCCAGACACAUAUUUUCAAACGUUUACAAAGUAUUUAUUUUUAUUAUAACUCAUUAACAUAUUUAUAAAGUUAAAUAACUAUCUCAGUAAUCUAUAGUUGUUAAAUUUAUACUUUUUGUUUAUAUCGAUUUUUAUUUUCUAUUUAUAAAAUAAUGAAAAUAUACAUGAAUGAGCAUAAAAUUAAAUAGAUUUACAAUUGUCUUACAAUAUGUACGGGAAAGGGAUAUACAUUCACAUUUAUACAUGUAUUCAAUACAUGACGCGACAUGUAAAAAAAAAAAAGAAAAGAAUUAUAAUCAAAUCAAACGAUAUUUUCCUUCUUCCUAUUUUAAAGGAGGAGAUUCAUACAAAGCAUUCCUUGAAUAAUAAUGAAAAUAUUGCAGAGUUUGCCUCAGUUACGAAUCAUGGCUACUAUUUGCGAUUAAGUUAAACAAAAGAGAUUGAAAUGUAAGAAAAUAAAUAAAUAAAUAAAUAAAUAAAUUGGUCGUGAGCUUCAUUCACCCGUAAUCUACAUCAUCUAUUUUAGGUAGAUAUUUAAUGUAAUUACCGCAUCCGCGCAUCCCUUCGUUACACAUGAAUUUAAAACUUUAGUUUAUUAAUAUCUCGUCUUAGUCUUAAAAAAAAAAAAAAAAUUUAUUUGCAUACAUUAAUAGCAGCGAUGAACGAGCGGGUAUCCUUUCUCUGUAUAUUUUUUUACAGGUUAGUGUUCUAUAACGUGACUUUUACCAACACGAUCUAGUCUACAUUGAGAAUUUCACACAGACUUUAUGGGAUCUCUUUGAUUAGUAAUCGCAAAAAGGCAAAAUUAAGAUACUUCCUAUACUGUAUAUAGUGAUUAUAGUAAAACGAAUAUUUGCGCCUAUCCAGUAGAUAAGCGAGCCGCAAUUUCUCCCACCUGCUGAGGUAAUUGCAAAACAAAACAAAAAAAAAAAAAAAUACCUUACUAGACCUUAAAAACAUAAGUUCACAUAUUAUUCGAAAUAUUAAAACAAAAAAAAGUGUUCUUUUACAUAUAUGAAUGAAUUCAAGUAAUAAUAUGAAAUGAAGAAA